AUGCUCCUCGCUAUCGGAUUGAAUAUUGUAUGCGGAUUCACAGGUCUCCUUGACUUAGGCUAUGUCGGUUUUUAUCUUAUCGGUGGCUACACGGCGGGACUAUUGAUGGCACGACUCGGGGUGACUUAUUGGAUUGCGUUGCCCCUCGCUGUAAUGAAUGGCGCGUUGUGGGGGCUGUUGCGUGGCGCACCCACUUUACGACUCACGGGCGACUAUUUCGCGAUUGUCACAUUCGGAUUCGCCGAACUGCUUUUCCGUAUCGUGAAAAACGAACAGUGGUUGAUUGGUGCUCCGAAUGGAUUUGUUCGUGAUAUUCCGCCCCCUGCCAUUUUUGGAAUGGUAUUCUACCAGAAUUGGCACAAUUACUAUCAUAUUCUUAUUCUGCUAAUCUUGGUUGUUUUUGUCACCUAUCGACUGCAGCAUUCUCGUGUGGGUAGAGCAUGGGUCGCGAUUCGCGAAGAUGAACAGGCGGCAGAAAGUAUGGGAAUUAAUGUGAGUCGUUAUAAGGCACUGGCGUUUGCAGUGAGUGCGGCAAUCGGCGGAUUAGGUGGAGGCUUCGUCGCGCAAUUUCAGGUUAACAUUAGCGCCCCAUUCUUUGAAUUCUGGGAAUCGAUUCUCAUUCUCUGUAUGGUAGUCCUCGGCGGGAUGGGAAGUAUCAAGGGAGCAAUGUUAGGUGCAGCGAUUCUCGGAUCGUUAGGUGAAGUGCUGAGACCCGGUGCCAUUAUCCCAUACCAAUUUGGUGGCGCACGCUAUCUUAUUUUUGGACUUAUUCUUAUCCUCUUAAUGCGUUUCCGUCCAGGUGGAUUAAUGCUCAAAAAAGCGUAA